AUGACUUUUGUCGUGCCUGUUCACCAACAGGGACAGCAGCAAACCACUUCGGAGGUGGGGAUUCUAAACAAUGAUCUUUCUCUUGAAAGGGAAGGGGCUCUAGGCCUGCUAGAGAGGCGGCGAAAUGAAGUUGUCAACCGUGAUUUGAAUACUUCCACUACUGCAGUGCAACGGAACCAGGAGGAAAACGGAGAUGACGAGAACGCGAAGAAGAAACAACAAAGGUCUCAGUGCAGUCGCGGGUGCAAGAAGGACUGGCUUGGAGACGGCUGGUGUGACAGCGCUUGCAAUACGGAGGCUUGCGGCUUUGACGAAGGGGACUGUCUAGGAUGGUGUUCGGGAGAUUGCAAGCCUUCUUGGGAAGGUGACGGCUACUGCGAUGCUGCAUGCUAUGUAGCGGCGUGCAACUGGGAUCGAGGUGACUGCUCAAGAUGGAGGGAGCAGGGUGUGGAUGCAGUGGAGCGCCGGGCACUCCAGCAGAAGCUGAGACAAUUCCAGCAGCACCGUCUUCAGCUGCCGGAGUGUAAGUGUGAACGCAGGCUACUUGUGAACGGAUCAUGCACACCAGAGUGCAACGUGCCUGAGUGUCUUUUCGACGGAGGCGAAUGUCUAGACAUGUGUAACGCUAAGUGCUCCAAGUCCUGGUUAGGAGACGGCGACUGUGACCGCGAAUGCGAUACACCCGAGUGCGCUUAUGACAAAGGGGAUUGCGCCAGCACGACAAACGCUACGUUGCAAGCAAUGCGCAAGGAAAAUGGAACCUUAGAAGUAUGUGAUUCCACUUGCCGACUGUGGAUGAUUGGCAACGGUGUCUGUGACAAACAAUGCAAUAAUGCUGCAUGUGGGUAUGACAAUGGGGACUGCGAUAAUAUCACUGCAGUUGUGGAAAUAGACUAUUCGGUAGAGCCUGAAGCUGUGUACCAGUUCUGUGCCAAGGAGUGGAUAGGGGAUGGACACUGCGAUGCUAACUGCUACAACAAACCAAGCAGGUGGGACGGGGGUGACUGUGAGGGAACGGAGUUCGAAGUGGAACAGGCGGCUAAGGGCAUAGGGCCGCAGUAUGACCAGUAA